AUGUUUCAACAACGAGAUUCCAACACUAUACCUCAAGAAGAUUUAGAAAAAGUUAUAGUAGACAUUAACAACGAGAUUGACCACCUAAAAACCGAGACCAACUAUAUUAACAUAGGUGAACAUCGCAUUUUCUACUCGUUUAAUCGUUCAGGAAGCAAGCAUUUGCCGCUGGUUGUGUUAGUACAUGAUCAGAUUAACUCUUCUUCGAUUUGGAUGGAAAAUGAGACUGUAAAAAACUUGGUAAUCAACGAUUACAACUACAUUUCGUUGGAUUUACCGACUCAUGGCCAAAGUUUAGGCCCUAAUUUGGAACAACAAGAUAAAUAUGUGUUUUUCACCGCGUUCUUACAACAAAUUUGUGCUCUCUUUCGUCAGGAUAAUGUUGUUUUAUGUGGGGCUUCAAUGGCAGGCCAAUAUAUUAUACCAACUUUGAAUCAUGGCAUCAGAGGCGUCAAUAUAAAAGGUAAUAUCGGUUUUGCAGCUAAAUUCGCAGAGUUUCUCAAGAUUUUCUGACAGGUUUUGAUACUAAAACAAGCUCAUAGAUCUUUUCCAUCUAUUUUGCAUAUUUUAGGUCUAGUAGCGAUCGCACUGUCAGAUACAGAAGUCUUGAACACAUCAAGGUCGUUACCUAAAACACUAUUGGUUCGAGGCGAGUGGGACACGAGUAUUGGGCCGAAUGCGGCAGCUGUAUUUGGUAAAUUCGAAAAUUGCAACGAGUUUGUCAUAGCUAAUGGUCGACAUUUUUGUCAUUUGGGGUCAACGGCCGACGAGUUUAAUCGGUUGCUACUGGGAUUUUUGAAGGAUCUCUAA